CGAAUAGCUACACGAUCACCGCUCGAACUGCUGCUUCAACUUCACCGGUUUUGGUAGCAGAGGCCAACUACGAGAGCCAUGCCUCCCCGGUCUGGCACAGUGGACGAGCUCGAUAGAGGAUCAUACUAUCAGCGACGCAUCCGGCAGGUCACCUCCUUCCAGAUCCGCAACCUCACGCCCUUCCCCGUCCGCGACGCGUUCGCAUCUGCCCUCUCGCAGCCCUCAGAAUCGUCUCAAUUCACGCCCUCGGGCCAUUUCUCGGAUGACUUGGAUGUGACGGUCUCCCAGGCGCGCAAGCGGAGCCGGAAGUCAUCCACGACCUCGAUCGGCACGCUCAGGAGCGUGUCCUCGAUUAAGGAGGAAGCGGGGAGCGAGCGGGGUCGGAGGACUGUCCCCAAUACAUCGUCGUCGCCGAAGGUUGGCUUUUCCCCCGAUGCAAGGAGGGUCAAGCAAGAAAAGGAGGGUCCUCAAACGCGACGUUUCUCUGGUAGCGGCGCAUCCACCUCGUCGGCGCAGGGCACGCCACGACCUGGGAGGAAGAACUCUGCCUCGUCGACGACUUCGCACACCCGCCCGUCCUUGGCUUCGGCUCCGUCAACUUCGGCUUUCUCCAUCCCUACGUCAUCUGCCUUCCGGCUCGACACUUCGCAGAGGGGACUUGAGAAGGUCAUCAAGUCUCGACUUGUGGAAACGUUCAUUGUAAUACGCGUGCCGCAUACGGGGCUAGGCGAUCUUGCUACGAAGGCCAAAGCGCCGCAAGAGAACGGCAAGCCGACCUCGCGGCCAAGCACUCCGUCCAACCUGCGCAAGGAUGUGACGUCGCGAGCGACCGCCACCGCGACGAGUACGAAGAAACGAGCUGUCAACGGGUCUACCGUGACCCCCAAGUCGCCACCAGCCGCUGCAGCUCCGCCCGCCCGUACGAGACUCCCCAGUAGCCCGCCCUCCCGCCUCACUCAAGGGCGAGCGUCGCCCGGCUCGUCCACCGCCAGGUUUCCGGGACGCGGCACCUCGCCCGCGCCAUCAACCUCGUCCCGCACGUCCUCUCCCUCCUCCACCCGACGGCUCCAGCGCACACCGUCACCGACCAAGCGUCCUACAUCCACCGCCUCGACUACGCAAUCUCCUCCCCUUACUUUACCUCCUCCAAGCUACAUCUCGCCCAUUCACCGCCCAUCGACCAAUCCGGUCUUCUCGGUGGAUCCGGACGCUUUUUUCCCCGGCGCCGAUCUCGGCGCUGGCGCUGUCCGGAUCGAAGUGUGGGGCCGCGUCGCGGGGACGCGGUGGGGCGAUUUCGAUCCCAUCACCAACGACAAGGGCAAGGGCAAGGGCAAGGCGCGCGCUGAAUCGGAUGGGGCGAGAACGGCCCAAGGGUCCGAGGAAUGGAGCAUGUUGGCCUCUUGGGACGUUGCGCUCGACAGACUCGCGCCGGUACCGGACGUCCCCGCCAGCAAGCUGCCGUCGAAUACGCUGUUGCUCACGCUCGCGCCGCGGGGAGAGACGUUCAUGUACGUCCCGCCCGAGCCUGGUGAGGACGCGGAUGUGGACGCAGCCGGGUAUAAUUCGGAUCCGGAGACCGUUCAGGAGCAGGAGGGGAUGCACGUGCGGUUCGUGGACGCUCCGAGGAGAGGGGGGGAAACUGAGGAGAAGAGGGCCAUGCGUGGACGGAAGAGGGAUACGGCGAAGACGGCCAGCUAUCACGACCUCGUCAAGUUGGUAACGUUGCACGCCGCCGUCGCGGACACCCGGCGACUACUGGCGGAGGUCGCGGCGGAGGUUGAGAAGGCGCUCGACGACGACGGCUUCGCGCCUAUCAAACGCGAGGUGUCGGAACGCGAGUUCCGUGUGAAGAUCCUGAAAGAGAAUAGGGAGUCCGUGGAAGACGCGUCUAAAGAUCUGCGAAGUCGGAUCGAAACUCGCCGAGAGGAGCUGCGUCAGCGUCGGUCGACACUCGAGCUGGCGAGGAAAGCACACGAGGAAGAUCUGUGCGCGUCACGGACGCUCGACGAGCAGAUCGCGGAGGACAGGGACGAGCUAGCGUCGCUGCGCACGCGCCUGCCGCCGGUGCGCGCACACCUGAUCGCGACGCUCGCGGGCAUAUUCCCCAUCGAACUCGCGUCGCCGGCCGAUCUGCUGUUCACCAUCGUCGGCGUGCCGCUGCCGAUCCCGCUUGGGAGCAACGACCCCGCGCCACCGCUGUCGCUGCCCAAGCUCGGAGUGACCGAGGAUGGCGUCGCGAGCGCGCUGGGGUUCGCGGCGCAGGCGGUCCAGAUGCUCGCGGCGUACGCAGGCGUGAGGCUCGUGUACCCGGUGACAUGCGUCGGGAGCCGGAGCUUGGUGAAGGACGAAAUAUCGGCGAUGGUCGGGCCGCGGAUGUUUCCGCUGUAUUCGAAGGGCGUGGACGCGUAUCGUUUUGAGUAUGCGGUGUUCCUGCUGAACAAAGAUAUCGAGAUUCUUACGGCGGAGCGCGAUCUACGCGCGCUGGACAUGCGGCAUACGCUUCCAAACCUCAAGAACCUCUUCCUCACGCUGACCGACGGCGAGAGCGCACGCGUCGUUCGCCGCCUCUCGCUGAACGAAUCCACGACGUCGCUCGACGAGCUCGAGACCGCCGUCCGGGCCGCGUCGCCCACGCCGACGACGCGCACCGUGACCGCGUCCGCGUCCGCGCCGCAGACGCCCCGCGCGCAGGCGAGCGAGCUGCCCCCUACGACCGACGCUGACGCCGGCGCGCCGACGCCGCCCGAACCCGACUCCGAGCGCCCGGAGACGCCGGAGACGCCGAAGCCUACCUCCGCCGCCGCCGCCGCCGCCGCCGAGAACGCGUCGAAGAAGCCGCGGGGAUACCUGCCGGACCUGAGCCUGGGGUUCGGCUUCUUGAGCUUGCGGGGAAGGCCGGCGGCGGCGGCGGUCGCUGCUUCUGCCAGCGCGGACGCGGCGGAGUCGGACGGCCGCGCGCGCGGCGGGGAGGAGGAAGGGCGGGGAUCGGGGACGGAAGAGGAGGAGGAGGAGGAAGGGGAGGGGGAGGGGGAUCGACGGACGGUGCGCGGGGCGAUGCCGGACGAUCGGGAUCGGACGCUGGGAAAGAUCGAGGUGGUGGAAGCGAAUGGGCAUGCGGUGGGCCACGGUGGGGAGAAGGAGGCGAUCAAUGUCAGUCCCGAGACGCCCACGACGCCGAGGCCGGCGAGGACGAUCUCGGGGAUCGUUGGGAGCGCUGGUUGAUUCUGGAUCUACGUUGGGGGUUUUUUU